AGGAGAAUGUCAAUUUAUUUUUGUGAUUAGAAUGCUUUUGACCCAUUUUCAAGGAUUCCACUUUUUAGUGUCAAGGAAACUAAGAAGCAGGAUGAAUAAUUACAAGGUUACUUGGUGACCAUUGAAAAAUAGAAAGGAAAAUAAAUUGUCUAAGAGAAUGACUAAUAUUUUAAGUAACUUCUCAGGAGAUCACCCCACAACAGAAUUCAUUUGUCUUUUGCUGGAAUUAUUUGUGCUUCCCAAAUGUCGCUCUGUCUUAAGUUAGAGUUAAUGUUCAAUGGCUGUUUUUAAAAAAACCCAAUAUUCCUCUGAUUAGCAACCCAUUAAUACACUAUUUAAACAUAUAAAUACACACUUGAGAGGUCCAGCUGGCUUUUCUGAUAGGCUGGGAGACAUUCUGUUGGCAUGUACUUAUUGAAUCAGGCAAAACCUCAAGACUCUAGCUAGAGCCAUUCAACUCCGCUUCACUGUGACCAUUUUCUUAUGUAUCCUUCCAGAAAUAUUAUAUCUCUAUAGAUCUUCUUUUCUCCAUAAAUGAUAGCAUACUACUAAGUACUCUGAGCAUUGUUUUUCUUUUUUUGUUAACAUUAUAUAUUUGAGAUUGUUUUAUAUUAAUGAAUAUUAACUUGCCUUAUGUAUCUUGACAGUUCCAGAGAAUUCCACUGUUUGGAUGAAUAACAAUUUAGGUUGUUUUCAAUCUUAAAUCCUUUGUGUAUACCUACAAGUAUAUCAGAGGACAAAUUUUUAGAAGUGAAAUUGCUUAGUUAAUUAGGUCAUGCAUUUCAAACAUGGAUAGAUAUUGUAAAAUUUACCAUCAGAGAGAUUUUACUAGUUAAAGUAUAUCAAAAAUUUGAGGAAGCAUUUGUUUUCAUACCCCCCUCAUCAAUACCAUCUAUUAUCAAACUGUUUGUUCUGAAAAAUGACGUCUUUCAUUAUGUUCACAACGAUGUAUAUUUCUUUUCUCAGUCAAUAAACACUUCAUGAUGGUCUAUGAUAUACACACUUAUGCAAUUAUGUUACCUGUUUAUUAUUACUGAAGAUAUAGUGAUAAACAACAUAUAGCGUUUAUAUACAUGUGGGAUAAAUAGACACAUGACAGUUGCAGUGGUCCAAGUUUAGUACAAUGGUGCAGUGGGAGCUAUGGGAGGUACGUCCAUCACAGUCUAGAAAGGGAUCAUCAACGGAGGCUUCUAGUGGGGAGAAACAUGGGGAGAGACAUGUAAACUAAAAUCCGAUGGAGGUGUAGAGUAGUUGGCUCGGCAAAUCUUAGGAAAAGGAGAAGCAAAGAAGAGGAGACAGCAGACUCACACGUGCAAAAAUGGGAAUGGAGAGAGCAGAGAGCGUGUGGGGUUUGCACAAAGAACAGUUCAGAACCUCACUGUCAUGACAGUAUGAAGAGAAAGCGGGCAGUACUCCACCACCCACCAAUGUAGCCCUCGAAAUCAGUUGAGUUGUUUGAACUUUACCCUAACGGUAAUAUGACAUAAUCAAAAGAUUUUUAAGUGGAGGCGUGAAAAAUCAGAAGUAUUUUGGGGCUCACACUUGAGAUUGGAUUGGGGAAGAUACGGCUAAAAGUAAGUGGGAGUAAUGAGGGGGCUGUCCCAGUAAUUGGGUUCAGAUGACAUUUGCUUGAUUUUAGGGAUGUACGAGAUAUUCGUGGAUCUUGUGUUGAAGCACCUAAUACACGAUGUCCCUUCUGAAGACGGGUGCAUUAAACUGGGGUGAAGCACAAAGGCCACUGAGCAGCCUGGCUUGACUCCUGGCUUUGCCAGUUUGCAUUUGCACGUGUCCAAGCCCUUGAGAGGUGCUGUGAAAACAUAGAGAUGGAUGAGGGAAGUGCUUAUACAGCACAUACCGUAUAAAAAGAGGGCUUCAUACUUGCUAGCUGUUUUAAUUUUUAUUAUUACUUUUCCUCGCUGCACAUGGAAAUGUCUUUACCUUUGUCUUAUUAUAAGGUACAUACGAGGAGAGUUGCAGAACAUGGGUGUUAGAAGAGAUUUGACAUAUCUGUUCAUUUUCCUAAUUUUAGUGAUGAGAAAAUAAAGGGAAAGAAAGCAAUUUAGAUUUUUGCCAGUAUUACAAUUCUUUGUUCACGGGCACACCACGCCAGCCUGAAACUGUUCAUUGGUCUGGUUCUCUUACCACCUCGUAUAUGUAGGUUUAUAGUUUGGUUACGAACACCACCUUGUCUUAACCAUAGAUAGUUCCUGUGUUUGCCGACAGCAGCGAUUUCUUGUGUGGAAACCCCUAAUUUGGGAAACAAUCUGUUUUAAACACUUUGUAGCACAUCACUCAAACCGCACAGUUUUCGAUAAUCUUAGAAACAAAAACUGGGGUUGAGGCGGACAGUUAAAUUCUGCAGACACCACAAGCUUGGAUUCGUUUCAGCAGUCGGUCCUAAGUGGUUUGAAGCCCCUUCCGGGAUGCCUCUUCUUAUACGAACAACGCAGCGGCGCCAGGCGCCAGGGUCCUCACUUCUGCCUCCUGGAUUUCCUCCGCCUUUCUGCUUCACCGAGGGCCCUGUGAUCCGAUUCCAUCGAAUUAACUGCUGUUUACCGAGGGUCUGCUGCGCCUAAGGAAGGCACCGGGCGACGAGCAAGGCGGGGACGCAGUUCGGGGACGCAGGGGUCCGGGCCCCAGUCCAGAGACAGGAGGUCGGCGCUUCGACUUGGCACCCGCCGACGAAUUCACUCCAAGGUUCCCACUGGCGGAGCUCCUGCUACCUCCCCCCUCCCCUAAAUGCAGCUCCCGCUACCUUCCCGCGCCCAGGGGCUGCUGCCUGAGCCCAGCUCUGCUCACUGGAGGGCGGCGGUGGAGAGGGUGCUGGCCCAGCGUCGGCAGCUGGGCUCAGGACCAAGGUGGGCGCCCGCCGGUCCUGGUCCCCCAGCCUCGCGGUGCAGGACCCAGGGCGCGGCCACUCGAGUUCCCCGGACGCUCUCCUUCCUGAUGCUCGCUGUCCCUGCCCUGGCGUCCCCAGCCCGGGGUCGCAGCCUGUCCUCUCUCUCCCCCUCCGCCGCAGCCCGUCGCCUCCGGGCAGAGUUCAGGUUCAGCUUGGGCUUUCGCUCGGGAUUUAGCAAGAGGCCGGCGGGGCUGGAGGGUGCGGGCGGGCGCGGGAGGCGGGGAGCGGCGGCCUCUGAUUGGCCGGGGCGGGGGAGUGAGCGGAGUUUCCCACAAUGCCCCGGUGCGGUGCAGCGGCGGAUGGAUGCUGCGGGAAGGGGCUGCCAUUUGCUGCCCCUGCCAGCGGCGCGCGGACCUGCCCGCGCUCCUGCAGCCGCCGCCGCCGCCAGCGCCGCCAGCCCGCCCGGCCCCUGCAGCGGCGCCGCCUGCGCUCCCUCCGCGGCCGCCGGAGCGGGCGCCAUGAACCCCAGCUCCUCGGCGGGAGAGGAGAAAGGGGCGACGGGCGGCAGCAGCAGCAGCGGAAGCGGCGCCGGGAGCUGCUGCCUGGGCGCCGAGGGCGGCGCGGACCCGCGGGGCGCAGGGGCAGCCGCGGCGGCGGGGGCCGCUGCCCUGGACGAGCCCGCGGCCGCCGGCCAGAAGGAGAAGGACGAAGCGCUGGAGGAGAAGCUGAGGAACUUAACUUUCCGGAAACAGGUCUCGUACAGGAAAGCAAUCUCCCGGGCAGGCCUCCAGCAUCUGGCUCCUGCACAUCCCCUCAGCCUUCCUGUGGCAAAUGGUCCAGCCAAGGAGCCCAGAGCGACUUUGGACUGGAGUGAGAAUGCCGUGAAUGGAGAACACCUGUGGCUGGAGACCAACGUCUCGGGAGACCUCUGCUACCUUGGAGAGGAAAACUGCCAAGUCAGAUUUGCAAAAUCAGCUCUCAGGAGGAAGUGUGCAGUCUGUAAAAUCGUCGUCCACACUGCCUGCAUUGAGCAGCUAGAAAAGAUUAAUUUCAGAUGUAAACCAACAUUUCGAGAAGGAGGCUCAAGGUCACCAAGAGAAAAUUUUGUACGUCAUCACUGGGUGCACAGGCGUCGGCAGGAGGGGAAAUGUAAGCAGUGUGGUAAGGGCUUCCAGCAAAAGUUCUCCUUCCACAGUAAAGAGAUUGUGGCUAUCAGCUGUUCCUGGUGCAAGCAGGCGUUUCACAAUAAGGUGACCUGCUUCAUGCUGCAUCACAUUGAAGAACCCUGCUCCCUGGGGGCUCAUGCUGCUGUUAUUGUCCCGCCCACUUGGAUCAUUAAGGUGAAGAAACCUCAGAACUCCCUGAAGGCUUCAAAUCGGAAGAAGAAGAGAACAAGCUUUAAAAGAAAAGCCAGUAAAAGAGGGAUGGAACAGGAAAACAAAGGUCGUCCUUUUGUGAUAAAACCCAUCUCUUCUCCUCUCAUGAAACCCUUGCUUGUAUUUGUGAAUCCCAAGAGUGGAGGCAACCAGGGAACCAAAGUCCUGCAGAUGUUCAUGUGGUACCUGAAUCCACGGCAAGUCUUUGAUCUUUCUCAGGAAGGGCCAAAAGAUGCGCUUGAAUUGUAUAGGAAAGUACCAAAUCUGCGAAUUCUGGCCUGUGGUGGGGAUGGAACGGUGGGCUGGAUCCUUUCCAUCCUGGAUGAACUGCAGCUGAGCCCUCAGCCUCCUGUGGGGGUCCUUCCUCUGGGGACUGGGAAUGACCUGGCUCGAACUCUCAACUGGGGAGGGGGCUACACGGAUGAACCUGUUUCUAAGAUCCUGUGUCAAGUGGAAGAUGGGACAAUUGUACAGCUAGAUCGCUGGAACCUCCAUGUGGAAAGAAACCCCGACUUGCCUCCAGAAGAACUUGAAGAUGGCGUAUGUAAGCUCCCUCUGAAUGUUUUCAAUAACUACUUCAGCCUUGGAUUUGAUGCCCAUGUCACACUGGAGUUCCAUGAAUCCAGAGAAGCAAAUCCAGAGAAAUUCAACAGUCGUUUUCGAAAUAAAAUGUUCUAUGCAGGGGCAGCUUUUUCUGACUUCCUACAGAGAAGUUCUAGAGAUCUAUCCAAACAUGUUAAAGUUGUUUGUGAUGGAACAGAUCUCACCCCAAAGAUUCAGGAACUGAAGUUCCAGUGUAUAGUAUUUUUAAAUAUACCCAGAUAUUGUGCUGGCACAAUGCCCUGGGGAAACCCAGGAGAUCACCAUGAUUUCGAACCUCAGCGUCAUGAUGAUGGUUAUAUUGAAGUCAUUGGAUUUACCAUGGCCUCUUUGGCAGCCCUGCAAGUUGGGGGCCAUGGAGAGAGGCUACACCAGUGUCGAGAAGUCAUGCUUCUAACUUACAAAUCCAUCCCCAUGCAAGUGGAUGGGGAGCCCUGUAGGUUGGCCCCAGCUAUGAUUCGGAUCUCCCUGAGGAAUCAGGCCAACAUGGUACAGAAGAGCAAGAGGAGAACAUCCAUGCCUUUACUCAAUGAUAUUCAUCAGGUGCAAACUGCGGACCUGCGGCGAGUGUCUGCUCCCCCCGGCUCCUUCACCAUUCCCCAGUCUGUCCCAGAUCGUCUGAGGAUCCGGGUGAACAAAAUCAGUUUACAAGACUAUGAAGGAUUCCACUAUGACAAGGAGAAACUCCGAGAAGCUUCGAUACCUCUGGGUAUUCUAGUUGUGCGUGGAGACUGUGAUUUGGAGACUUGCCGUAUGUACAUAGACCGCCUACAGGAGGACCUACAGUCAGUUUCUUCUGGCUCCCAGAGAGUUCAUUACCAGGACCAUGAAACCUCCUUCCCCAGGGCUCUCUCAGCACAGAGGCUCUCCCCUCGGUGGUGCUUCCUAGAUGCAACUUCUGCUGAUCGCUUUUAUCGAAUAGACAGAUCUCAGGAACAUUUGCACUUUGUGAUGGAGAUUUCCCAAGAUGAGAUUUUUAUUCUGGACCCAGAUAUGGUGGUGUCACAGCCGGCGGGGACACCUCCGGGCAUGCCUGACCUGGUGGUGGAGCAAGCCUCGGGGAUCUCAGACUGGUGGAAUCCUGCCCUGCGGAAACGCAUGCUGAGUGACAGUGGGCUGGGGAUGAUAGCUCCCUAUUAUGAGGACUCAGAUCUGAAAGAUCUCAGCCACUCCCGCGUGCUACAGUCACCAGUCUCUUCAGAAGAUCAUGCAAUUUUGCAGGCAGUAAUAGCUGGUGAUCUUAUGAAGCUAAUAGAAAGCUAUAAAAAUGGAGGCAGUCUGCUAAUUCAGGGACCAGACCACUGUUCACUCCUUCACUACGCAGCUAAAACCGGCAACGGGGAGAUUGUGAAAUAUAUCCUUGACCACGGACCUUCCGAGUUAUUGGAUAUGGCAGACAGUGAAACGGGUGAGACUGCACUGCACAAGGCUGCCUGCCAGCGGAACCGGGCUGUGUGCCAGCUUCUGGUGGAUGCAGGAGCAUCUCUGAGAAAGACGGACUCCAAGGGUAAGACACCUCAAGAAAGAGCACAGCAGGCUGGGGACCCAGACUUGGCUGCUUACCUAGAAAGCCGUCAGAACUAUAAGGUCAUUGGCCAUGAGGACCUGGAAACUGCUGUUUGACCCUGGUAUUCGGGCAAAGAGGACAUGAGCAAGCGUAUCACAUCUGCCCUCCCUGCAAUUGGGCAGCUCCCCUGGAAGAAGCUGAUGGAAUUCAUAUAUCUGUCUCUCUCCUGCAAGAAUCUACCUGAGACCAUGCCACUAGCUUUUAAGGGCUACCAAGAUGUACAACAGAACAUGAUAGCCCAUUGAGAAGGAGGCAGGAUACCUGGAGAUUUGUGGAAUACAGUACGAGUUCCACAAAAUUUGAUCCUUAUUGCUUCCAGCAAGUAGCAUGAACUUCUGUGUUCACCUGUAUAAUUUAUUUUAAAGAUUCAAAGGAUGUUCGUAUAAAUGGCACUGCUCCAUCCUCCCCCUAUGCAUUGGUUUUUUUCCCUGUACCAUACAAUUCUACUGUAACUACCCAUCAACUUAAAGAAAAAUAUUAUCUCUUCUCUUUACAUUCAGUCUUGGAAGACCACAAGAUUGUCUGAAGGCCUUCUAAAACCUUCUGAAUGUCCUGCAGAAAUAUAACUGUAAAACCACUUCCAUUUCUAAGACUAAAUAUAUCAAGACUAUUUAGUGACUCUCUCUGCAUGUCCCCCUCACCCGCCAACCCUCCGUUUCAUUAUAUAGGAGCUGGGAAGUGCCACAUGGAUAAUGUCAACUUGUGUGCUAUAUCUCUGAGGAAUGGUGAGGUGGCAUGGGAGAUGUCUGUGCUUGGAGGUACCUCAGAGAGGUAACCCAGGGGUCAGCCCAGGCUGCUGGGCUGUAGCCAAUAGCCAUGCAGGACUGGUUCAGCUUGGGCUGUCUGUACAGCUCCGUACUGCCUAUGUGUAGCCAUCUUUGCCUUUUGCUGCAAUAGAAGAUGAGCAAAGGAUUAAACAGAGGCCCACAGCUAGUUUGCAGAACCACUCAAUUUUAAGUGCUGUUUAAAUUGCAGAGCAAAUAAUCCUGUGUGGGAACUGUGGUUACAGGAAAUGGAGCACUCUAACAAUGUUUACUUCUAAACUUUGUUGAAUGAUAAUAGAAAGCACCCUAAUUGACUUGGAAAAAAAAAACAGCAAAAGCAAAAGUAGCAACAUAUGUCAACAUAUGUCACUGAAGUAGGAAACAGUCAUUGGAAUGUUGCACAGAGGCUAAUAACUAUAGACUGUUGGAUACAGUGGUGAGAGGAGCCCCAUUUUAGGUCUUUCUUUUAGGUUUUUGGUUUUCAUUACUCCAAGUAAUCCUUGACCCAAGAACAAAGGCUUGUUGUAUGAGUUCCACUGCCAGAUUUAUGGGAUGCCCGGAUCAUUCAGAAGGAUGCUUCAACUAUUAUUUGUCAGGUCCAAAGGUCGUACUUGAUAACCCCAUUUUCUAUGUAUGGGGUAGUCUAAUAUAUUAUUUUAUCUACUUUAUUUUUCCCUUUUCAGAAAGUCCUUAGUGCAAACCACCAUUGGAAUCUAGCCAGAAAUGUCUGUCAGAUAGUUAGAAUUGUAACAUCUAAACCUGCCACGGAUCGAAUGGUAUUUACAGGUACCUCUCUUAGGGACUCUGUGAUCCCUAAAAUAUCAGAAGAAAAUAUCUGUCUUUCUGUCCAAAUAUCUACUUGACUUGGGGGUAAGUCAAAAAUAAAAGUAGGUGUCCAAGGAUUUUACUUUUGGCGAAAUCUGACGUCUCCUGAGCUUAUUUUCAUUUUGUCCUUGGACAUAGCAUAGUGCUUCCCUAAUGUUUCUACAUAUGACCAUGAAUGAUAGUGUCUCUACAUUUAAUUUAAAAGUCUAAUGGUGACAUUUUGCUUAUCUGAGUCACAUUUCGGUAACAUAUCAUCAUUUUGAAAGUGCGGCUAUGACGUGCUAUAUUAAACAGGAACAGCCUUUCAGUGGAUGGGGAUUUUAUUACCACAGUCUUUCCAUAGUCAUUUCAAAAUCAAAUUGUUGGUGGGAGGAUGGAUUGGGUUGUGAGUAAUCUACUUCCAUAUAUCAGCCUCAGAAAUGGAACUAUCCUUUGGAUAUUACAGGAGACACUGCAGCAGAUUGUUUCCAGAAGCUGGAAAAAUAUGCUCCAGGAGAAUUUAAUCACUGGGCUUUUGCUGGGGGAUUUUUAGUUGGCGGGACUGUCAAGGAAAUGUGAUGACAGAAAUAUAAUCCUUAACACAAACUGGAAUCUGGCUUUGAAUGGCAUCUUCCAUUCCCUGGAUUGAGUCAAAUGUUUGGCCAAGCAGUCAGUUAUCUAGCUGUUACUGUUGGGAUGAAGAACUCUGUUUUCAUCAACUACCAUCUCACAUUUCUCUAAAUACUUCCAAGUAGCCCAGAGAAAAUUUAGGGUACAGGUGGCUAUGGGCCAAUUUCUAAAUCGCUCCAAUUGAAGACAUAAAUCUGUGUUAUGAAAAAUGAUGAGUUGGUACUAUAAGAUUCCUGGUGCAUUUGGAAAUUGUUUCAAACCAAAAAAAAAAAAAAGGCAUUAGAGUCCUGUGUUAUUCAUGGAGACCAAUAUUUGAUAUAUCGCUUUGAAAAAAGCAAGUACCACUAGGACUUGGGAUUUCCAAAAUAAAGUGAGCAGAAUAACCACAUGUUUAAUGGCUUCAACAUUAAACCACCUCCUGUAGCAUGUUUUAAAAAUUGGUCCUGGGCUUUGGAAAGAGCUAAGGCCUUAUGGUCUAGGAGUUUCCAUCUCAGCUUAAGUAUAUUGUAUCCCUACUAUUAGGCCAUCAGGAAAGCAAGUGAUCUAGUCCUGGUCUGAAGAGCCACAUAACUUUAACAGACAUAAAAAUAUGUACCUAUAGAAAUAUCAUUUCUACAAAGCCUACUGAGACAGCACUGAAGAGGCAGCUAGCUUGGCUGACUCCUCUGUGUUUGUUUCUUUGUGUCAUGGCACUGACUGCUUUGAGAUUCCAUUUUUAGAUGUGGUUGAUAGAGGAAUGGAAAAUGAAGAGUUAUUAAAAGACAACAUUCUGUAACCUGAAAGGUAGUCAUUUUUGCAAGCUUAUAUUUUAAUAUUGUGCAUUUAACAAAAUAGAACACAGUUAAACUGUGCUUUAUCAUAUUCAAGGACUUCAUAAAGAAUAAGAGAGAAGAUUAGUAAGCCAAGAAUGGAAUAAAUACCAUGACUAGGAAUUUUGCUUUCAGAGUUUGUUUCCUCUGUAGAUGUGAUAACCAAAAACCAGUGCAAGUUUUGAAACAUAAUUUAGCUGGCAAAUGCACAGUGAUGGAAAUUAGUAAUGACUGAUGGAGAGCCCUACAUACCUGUUGCUCCUUAUCCUUUCAGAAUGGCUGCUUUGGCAGAUCUGCCUGUGCUGGGAGCUACUCAACAUCACUUCAUUUUCAUCUGGACCUAGUGAGAGUCCCUUUGCCUAACGGAUUUCUGAAAUUUAUUUAUUUACUAGACCCCUUAUAAUAUUCAUGGCUUUAAAAAAUGACACAGCAUCUUUAUUUUAUUACAUGUCAAUUUUAUUAAUAAUAUUUAGGGUUUUUUUUAAAUUAUAAAAAUGGCACAUGCUUUUUAUAAAAUGUUUUAAUACCACAGAUGAGUAUCACAUCCACAGUCAAGGCAUCCCUUUGUUCUGGUGUUGUGUCCCACUUCCCAAAAAUAAAUACGGUUAACACUGAUGAACACUGUUGCUUGUAUGUGAUGUCAGAAAUACUCCAUCCAUUCAUGCACAAGUAUGUAUGUAUAUACGCAUAUACAUUUACACACAUAUAUAGACAUUUAUUUAUAUACACAUGCAAGUAUGUAUACUAUAUUCAUGUAUAUUGCAUAGGUUUAGAAAAGAGCAAACAUUUUAAAAGCAUGCUGAUCAUUUGUAUAUGUCUAGUGAACACCAGUAGGCAAAGACAGGUUAAACAGAGAAUUUCCAUUUAUUUUUUUGUUUCCACCAUUGCUAGGCUUAGAUCUGUCAUGGCAUUACUACAAUUGCACUUGGCAUUACUACAAUUGCACUUGGCAUUUUCUAUUACCUGUGUCAUAAAAUUCAUGACCAAGAGUUCCUGUAAUUGUUUAUGUUGCCUUCCAUGAAGCAUGAAACCUACCAUAGCCCCAAGACUUAUCUAUGCUAUGUUUGUAUUUCAAGUAAAGGAGAGUUCUUUCCUCUGUGAUGCUUACACCACUUUACAAGGCUGUUUAUAACACUAACACUCAGUAGGUUGCCUAGUGAUAUUUAAUUAGGGCAGGCUACUGCCGGGAAGGUGUAACUUCAGUGUAGUAUGGGGUCUGAGCAGCUUGUCUUCCUUCCAGAAGGAGUAGCUAAUGAAAUCACUGAGAACAGCAUGAUAUUUUAUUCAAUUAUGCUAUUUAAAAAUGGGACUUUGUUAAAAUGGCUCAUCAUAACCAUCAUAUAAAACUACUAAUUGCUCUAUUUAAAUGAAUUAUAUUCAUUUUAGGAAAAGAAGUAGAAAAACAUCUAAUAAAUUAGCUUUCUGAUUAAUCUUUAACACUUAUUUAAUAUAAAAUGGCUUCUGCCUGCAUCUUAAUUGAACCACCUUUGAAUCUCUCAACUCCUUUCACUCUGAAUCUCAUACUCAGCUGAUUGGAAGUCCUACAGGCCCUUCUCUGCCAGGUCUGUCAGAUCGACUUGGACCCUACCCUUUUCUGUGUCCCCAGUCAUCCUUCAUCUCUUGUCUCUCUAAGUUUUGGGCCAUAGCAGCAGUCCUGUCCCUGAAGUUUCUGCCUACUACUGUCAAUAAUUUUGUCACACAGCUGCAAAAAUCUUCCCCAGAUAUUAUGCUCAAAAUACAUCAAAAUGAAAUUACCCUCUGGGACAAGUAUACCUUUUACUCAAAGGACACAUGGAUGUCCACUGACCUUGAUCAUCUUAUAGAAUUAUGGCAAGCAUGAUUCUGAAAAUCUAUCAGGUUUAGCAAAUAUCUGUCUUAGUCCCCUGAGGGUACACAAUCACGGCUGCUGCUUCCUCAUUCAACAAUGUAAGCCACAUGCCUCUUUGACGGCACCUGGAGGACUAGGUUAUAGAUUUUACACUGCUGAGGGCCAUCUUUGGUUUUACACUGUCUCCUCACAGCUUAAUGAGAAACCUGAAAAUAAGAACCAAGAAAAGAGUCAUGCCCUUGGACAACCUCCUCUCCCAGGACACUGAGAUUUACUGACCAGGUCCCAGAAAGAAAGCAGAAAAAUAAUUCUUAGGCUCUUGUAGCAUGGAUUUUAAAAUAGAAACAUGAAAAUUGAAUGGUAUCUUCAUAAUGCAUAGACUCCAGAGUCUAUUUACAUAUGUAUUCAGUUAUGCAUGUAAUCGUAUGUCCAUGAAUCAAUCAUAAGUGCAUGUAUUUAAUCAUUAUUUGAAAAAUAUUUGUCACUCUGAGGCAGGCAUCAUACUAAGGAUAUAACAAUGAAUGUAAUAGACAAAACUCUUGAUUUCAUGAAGCUGGCAUCUAGAAGAAAAGACAAAUUCCAAUGUGAUAAGUGCAGUGCAGGAGAACCUCAGGGUGUCCAGCAUGGGCUGGAAAUUCAACCAAGGCUUUAUUGUACCAGCCACUCAUUAGCCAGCAAUGUUUUAGUUGAAUGAAAACCUAAGUAGGAAGAGAAUAAUAUUUUGCAUUUCCAUUUUACUGGAGUCAUAGUAGAUUUCUAAAAAUGUAUCUGAAACUAAGAUUUUAAAACAAGACUUAGAAACACUAUUAAAAUGAAAGCUAAGACUGAUUUAUUCUAGCUCUCAGGAUAGAACUAGGAAAAAUAAGCAGAGUUUUCAGUGGGUUUUGACUAAAUAUAAAGAAGAUGAAGUAUAAAUAAUAUGUAAUAGUGGAGUGGAUAUCACAGUUAUAAACUUUCAGCCUCUGUUAGCUUUUAAACAGAGGAUACCUGACCACUCUGAGGGGUGUUGUGAUUAGGAAUAUGUGAUUUGAGGGGGCUAAAAUUAGAUACUGUGAUAUUUCAAAAGAUAUUUUUUAAUGGCUUUGUUGAAUGGCAGGAUUUUAUUUUAAAAACUCAUGAAAAUCUUGAUUUUUGAUUUGUUAAACUUUGCUUUAUAACUGAGAAUUUUAAAAAUAUCUAGGGGAAUGGCCGUUAGUUAUCAUUUAAAAAAUUUUAAACUAAGCAUGAAUUUAAGAGCUAGUGAAAAGAAAACAUACUAAAAGGUGUAAUUUAAUUAAAAAUACUUCUGGAAGCUUAUAAAUUUUGAUCAGUAUUCUUAGUCAUUGUCAAGUAAAAUUCUAUUAGAAAUCUGUCUUACUGUCCAUCCAAUAUAAAAAAGUGCUGUGGUUUGAUAUUCUAAGAGUUAAGUGUAAUCUAGUAUAACCACAGAAGAAAAUUCUGCCUGUAAGGUAUUUGGGAGCCAAGAUGUACAUGAAAGGCAAUCAUGGAAAACUCUUUGGCUUCUGCCACCAGCGUGGCAACCACAAGGGAGGUCCUACCCAUGGAAAUAAGAAAAUAGUGAUCCAAGUUUUCACCCAGCUUUUGAAAUUUCAAUAUUUUGAGCCAAAUGCCUUCUGAAAUGGGAGGCUUUGAUAGUGGGAAAUACUGAAAUUAUCUUUUCCCUCAGACCUUUAGUGAAACACACAUAUAGUUUUCACUCUAUGACAGUAUAAACAACUCAAAUCUAUACUGUUUGUUAAGAACAGUUUCAAGAAUUAAAAAGUGCUUUAGUGUUAUGAUGUAUUGACAUGUUUGAGCUUCAGUUGGGGUUCAAAACAACCCCAACGAGGUGAAUAAUGCAUAGAAUACAUUUUAGAUGAAUGCACUGAAUCUCAGAGCAGUGAAUUCAGCCUGUGCAGAUUCAUAUAGCAAAUGAUAGUGCUGCAGCCAGAACUGGGUCUUUAGAAAUUACAUAUUAACAUGUUUUCUAAGUAAGUCAUUUUCCAUCAUUGCCUUCAAGGAUGUUUUAUAUCAAUUAUUCAGAUUUCCAUAAUAUAGAAGAUGCCUCCAUGAAAAAAAAAAUGUUUACCUAAGUUUCCACGGAAAGAAUGAGUUAGAAAUAAGGGAGAAUGUGAAAUCAAAAAGUCAGAGUUUUUGCUGUCGGAGAGAGGCUUGUCAGCUUGUACAUAGUUCAAGCAAAGAAAAGUCUAAUGUUUGCAUACCAGGGUGGAUUUCAAGAGAAGAAAUUAACAGUGAGCGUUAAUGGCUUCUUUAACUUAUUUGUGAUUCUCAGCAUUUAAAAAAUGUUAGUCCUGUUUUUCUUCCUUGGAAGUCACUAUUAGGAUGAUAUAAUUUCUGAAUGCUGCAACAAAAAAUGUUAAAAAUGGCCCUGACAUCCAAGACUCUAUUGCUCUAAGUUUAUGGGUGGGUAUGCAAGCUAAGUGUUAUGAUAAUACAUAGUCAUAUACAUAGAGGUUUAAUACACCUAUGGGAAAUUCCGGCAUAUUUGAAGUAGAGAAAAACAAACAGGCUUGAAAUGUCCUUCAGUUCAGAAUCUCAUACUUUACAAGGGACAUUUAUGGGCAGAUUGGUGAAUAUGUAGAAGGAGGAUGUUUGAUCUGGAAAGAAGACAAAAUUGGAUUAGGAAUAAGAAUAUGUAGAGGAGUUAGGUUAAGUAGGACUGUUAGUUUCAAAUUCUGCAGGGAAGAUGAUUUGUAGAAUAAAAUAAGGAAAGAAAAGAGCAAUAACACAUGAAAAGGAGUUAGCUUUAUUACUUAUAAGGAUUUAUUUUUCCUAAACAUUGCAUCCAGAAAAACAGUUUGGGCUUUCUGAAAAACAGUGAAGUUGUUAUCACUGUUUCUUCUAGUAGUUAAGUGAAGAUUGAACAACUAACUCAGAGAUCAAAGGCAUAUCUUUAAUUGUGAGAGAUCUUGGACUAGAAAAACUCUGUGAGAUUUUCUUGGUUUAAAUGUCUAUAAUUUUAGACUGGAACAGAACUCAAUUUGAGCCUAUUUUUUUUCCCCAGGUUCCUGCCAACUAGAUAGCAAUGAAGGCAUUUUUUAAAAAAGCUUCCAUCAUUGCAAAUAUAUCCCAAAUCAUUUAGCAGCAGGGAUUUCAUGACCCUAAAAAGUUGCCUUGCUUACACAAACACACCUAUGCUUUAGUAGAAACAUAUCUUUUUUAGGAGAUUUGGGAAUUGGCUAGCAUUUUUGCCAAUUGUUAGCCAAUUUAGGAGAUUUGGGAAUUGGCUAGCAAUUUUGUUAGCCAAUUCCCAAAUCUCCUAAAAAAGAUAUGUUUCUACUAAAGCAAAAAGGUCACAGAUUCAGGAGUCAAAGUGAAAACAAAGGAUUUAGUGUUCUUUCCCCUACUUACUACCCAUUUGUUGUUUGGGAUGUAGAAUCAGGACUGGAGAAGAGGGUGGGAAAUUCUAUAUCCUCUGCUAAUACAGAGGCAUGGAGGCACUUUCUAUAACUUUUUGUCAUGAAACAAGACUUAACCCCAUAUCAGUAGACUAAUGUUUCUGUCAUAUUUCUGUCUAGGUGGAUUACAGUUUUAAUUGCCCAUCAUCCCUUAAUUCUGUAAUACAGCUUGAGUUCCUAGAUUUCAGGUUGACUGGGUGAGGGAGGAAGUCACUUGAGGUAAUUUUAAGAAAUGAAUCCAUAUCCAGAGUCUUGCAGAAAAGACCUGCUUCUACUCCACCUUCUUUCUUGUUCUACUUCUUGCCUCUGGUUUGGGGGCAUAAAAGAGGGGCAGAGUUAUGAGGAAAGGAAAAAAGAUUCUCAAAAGUAGUACAAUAAGAAGACUCUAGUAGUAACACAAAUUCUCAUGGUAAUCUCAAACAACUGAUAGUGUUAGCAGAUACUGAAAAUCAAACUCAGGAAACAUACAGAAAGAUUAAAUUUGUUCAAAGUGGCUUCAAGGGGUAUUAGUUGUGAAAAUUUCAGUUUAUGCAGCAUAGAAGAAUUAGAUUGUGUGUGGAACUUGGGGGAAGUAG